AAAAAUUCGCCAUUAGUAGGAGGAUCAAGCACCAUCAUCGACGCACACAACCCCAUCGCCCUUCUCUCUCCUCUCGAUCUCUAAUCCCCUGCGAAACCCUAAAUCUCAAGUCCCUCCAUCUCUCCCUCUUCCCCCUUUGCCCAGAUGAUUUCAAGUUAAAGAGUUAGUAGCAGUUUCUAGGGUUUCUAGCUCUGUUGCUUCAAUUGUGCGAAAGUUCGAAUCUUUGUUGGUUUCAUGUAGCAUAAGCUCAUAGAUUGUAAUUUGGUUGAAGAAAAAAAGAGGAAAAAACAAACAAAAAGGAAGAAAAAGAAAGGGAAAUGUACAAAGGUGGGCUUGAUAGAUUUAAGAAAGCCCAAUCGUUGGAGCCGUUCGCGGUGACCCUCAAUUCGGCUACUAAAACUUCUUCGAAUCCUCCCGCUGAAGCGCUCGCUUCGAAGAAUUCCCUUCCGACCCAAAAUCGGCUGCAGCAGCAAGCUGUUUCCAAACCGGCUGCUCCGGAAGCCGUUCCUCCUCCUCCGGCUUCGCAUACCACCCAAAUUGGUGGGGGGCAGUCCAGCUGGCAGCCGCCGGAUUGGGCGAUUGAGCCCCGGCCGGGAGUUUAUUAUCUCGAGGUUUUGAAGGAUGGGGAGGUCAUCGAUCGGAUAAAUCUCGACAAGAGGAGGCAUAUUUUCGGGCGGCAGUUCCCGACUUGUGAUUUCGUGUUGGAUCACCAAUCCGUGUCGCGUCAGCAUGCGGCUGUCGUUCCCCACAAGAACGGAAGCAUAUAUGUGAUCGAUCUGGGAUCAGUUCAUGGUACAUUUGUCGCAAGUGAGAGACUGACAAAAGACAACCCAGUUGAGCUGGAAGUUGGGCAAUCUUUGCGGUUCGCUGCGUCGACUAGAAGUUACAUUUUACGCAAGAACGCAGCUGCUCUUUUCCCGAAACCCGCAAUUUCUACUGAGCUAAAUUUACCUUCCCCUCCCGACCCCAAUGAUGAAGACGGUGUUGUAGCAUAUAAUACGAUACUCAACCGCUAUGGGAUCAGUAAAUCCGAUCUCUCCUCGAAUUCGAAAAGCACAUCAAGCGGAACUGACGACAACCGUAUGCAAGGAAGACCUGCUAAGAGAAGUAAAAGGCUAAGCGUCGCAUUCAAGGAUCAGGUCGGAGGAGAAUUGGUCGAAGUAGUUGGAAUAUCGGACGGUGCGGAUGUCGAGACCGAGCCUGGCCCUAUCGGCGUAAAGGAAGGGAGUCUUGUGGGCAAAUACGAAUCCCUCAUACAAAUUACAGUAAUACCGAAAGGAAAGGAACAGGUGCCGCCGCCCACAGAAAAUGUAUCCCCCAAGGGUGUAACCGAAAAGCUCCAGCAAGUGUUGAACAAAGUGAAGAGCAAUCCGAAAAGCGGGAUUUACGACGGCCUUUACGGGGAUUCCUUAUCUGGUAAAGCUGCUUCUUCUUGGGCAUACAAAGGCGCCGAAGAAAAGCCCGUGAGUGAAAAACCUGUUGUGAUUACGGCAGAUGAAACCGAAAGCGACGAUUUGUUCGGCGAUUCUUGAUAAUGGAGAAAAACUGCUCUUAAAUGUUUGGGUUGUUCACGAGUACCCGAUGAACACUGCGCGAGAUCCCUGCUUUGCCUGAGAGAUUUUUGUUUAAUUCCCCAAAGUAUGCCCUACAAUACCUUAUGUUGUUCGAUAGCGGAUUCGGAUUGUAUCGGCGACUCUUGAAUGAUGAAUUAAUUUUUCCUAGCUUGAAAUGUGAACUGAAUCAAACCUUUCCAUUCUUUUGAUUCGUCACUUGGAGCAUCAUCGGAGUUUACCUCUGUAGUUGUUUUUUGUUAUUUAAACAACUAAAAAUUCUAUAUAAUUUGAUGUUCUAGGA